AUGCUGUCAGGAACCAACUAUGAGUCAGCUGACCCGAAUAGCCAGCAUCGAGAGAACAACGCAACAGGAGAUGAGACCUCAUCUGCCCCUACCCCGCUUCAAAAUGCAACAACCACCGACGUGGCAGUCCUUGAUCUACAGCAGCAACCUCACGAGGCCAACGAGAAUACUCCGUUGCUAUACAGCCGAUCGGUGGUGCCGCAUAGGCUGCAGUUUCAACGAAUAUGCCGCGUGAGCUGGUUGCACUUGCUCGCGGUGUUGCUACUACUAUUCACAGCCAUCGUCUAUCUUACGGCCAGGGAUAUCCAAGAGGCAGUAAACCAGGCUAUCGACGUGCAAGUGUAUAACGCAACGCUAAUGGGGAUGACUCUGCGCGGAGUCAAUGUGCUGAUCCAGGGCGAGGUCAAUUUGAACUAUGAUGCCGUGGACAGCAACAUGGUGCAGCGAUCGGUGAUGAAGUUGGGAGCUGCGUUAUUGGGGAGCUUGGUGUUGGCUCCUCAGAAACCGGUGCAGGUGAAUGUCAAGCUCGUGGAUGUAAAGGGGAGUCCCUUUGUCCACUUGGCCAACGCGCAUCUGCCACCCAUUGCUGUCAAGAUUGGCAAUCGUGCGACUACAAUGUUGGAUGUCGAGAGCGAGUGCACUUUUGAAGAUGGCCAGUUUUUCGAAUUUCUUAGAUACUACUACCAGAUUGAGGGCGAUGUCAUCAAUUUAGAGGUUAAGGCCUUGGUGGAACAAGUAAACGUGCGGGCAUGGGGUGAUGUUCUUGGCUUUGUUGUGCCUCGUGUUGAACUUCAUGACUUUAUCAGCAUCGAUCGGAAGGAUUUGAAGCUACCAAAGAACAUGGAGGUCAAGAGCUUUGCCGUGAACUCGGUUGAGCCGAGCUUGGUUGGCGUCGAUGUCGGUAUUGCCAUUUCCAACGACUUUGCGCUUGAGAUGGAGUUGGGCACGGUGUGGUGGGAUGUCAUGUUUGUUGACUGCGUGGGGAACUUGGUCAACGUGGGCAAUUGGAAGUCCCUCCCCAUGUCGAUUCGACCGAAUGAGUUUGUCAACUUGAACGUCACUGGCGCGAUUACGGAGAUGCCCGCAUGCUUGAUCGAGGAUUGCGCCGAUCAAGUGAGUCCUAUCAACCAGCUUGUGCAGCAUUAUUUGAACGGCGAUCCUAUCCAAUUCUACUUGCACGUUAGUGAAACAGGUAAUAACAACAACGGAGGAAAGGGUAUCAAGCCGGACUGGUUGUUUGACAUUCUCAAGAAAAUCCCCCCGGUAAGAUUUGAAAUCACAUUGCCCCGACUGAAGGCUGUGUAUCCGGACGAAAUUGUGGUUGGCUCGACGGAGAUUAUGGUUCGCAAGCCCGUGGACCAUGCUGGUGGGAAGGACUCCGUUGCCGUCGAUUUAAGAAACAACUGCACGGUGAAAGUAGAAGUGCCCAUCAACACCGACGAGGUGUUGAUGGAGCUCGAGCGGUUGAAGAUGAACUUUAGCUUGGUAUGGGGAGACGAGCUUAUAUUGGAGGCUCGCUCCCAGGACUUUGUUUACUCGUCCAUGACGCAGCUGGGACGAAUCUUGGACAUCAACGUGAACUUGACGGACUUGUCUGUCGACGUCGACAACCCUCGCCUAUUGGGGAAGAUUGCCAAUAAAAUGUUGAAUCAAGCGGGGAAUAUAAUGGAUGAAGCUGGUCUUUACAUCAAUGCCAGCUUGGGCGAUAUACGUUUGAGGUUGCCGAUUUUGAACCAAGUGACCUUGUCGCAUUUGGAAGUUUCACAGGUGGAACUCCCCCAAAAGUUCAAUAUCCAUGACAACCCACUACUACUUAAGCAGGGAGAUAAGGAACAAGAGGAAGAGGAAGAUGUACCGUUUAUGGACCUAUUGGAUAUACAAGUCGGUCAGAUUUAUUUUGCUCAAACCACUGAACACGAAGCUGAGUUUUUGGUGGAGUUGUCCAUGUUCAACCCGACCAAUAUCACGUUUGAGCUCCCCGCGUCGAGCACCCCGCAGUUGAUCGAGCUCGGGGUCGCGAAGAGAGACGUACGCAUUGGUUCAGUGAGCGUGGUGGACGAGGUGCUAAUUUUGAAACAAGAGCGCAAUCUGUUGAUUGUCUCGCUCAAGCUCGAAUACGGCUCGUAUUCGGACAAGGUCAUUCUCCAGGACUUUAUCAGCUCGUACAUUUCGUCGCCCGUGCAACUGAGAAACUUGACGGUUGACAUAUGGGGAAACUCGGCCAUGGGCUUGCCGGGGAUCAAUGCGUUUUUGCAAGAGAUUGAACUUCGAGACGUGCGUGUGCCCAACGUGACCUUUGAUUUCCCCGACUUGAGAAUCACCGAUAUAAACCAGCUUAUAAUCGGGGUCACGACCCAUAUUCUCACGUCGGAGAUCGAGUUGGAAGUUUACAACCCCGUUGUCAACUCUGAAAUCCAUUUGGAACUCUUCCAGUCGUUUGCUAAGCACAAUGAAGUCGUCUUGGGCUAUUUGGCCAAGAGAGAGUAUAUUAUUGUGCCUCCUGGCUACUACAAGACGCAUAGAAUACCGUUUAAGGUGAACAAUGAUGCCGCUAGUGAUAUCUUGCGUAAUGCCUUGAAUCGCGACUUGCAAAUUGACGUGAUGGCGGACUUGAAUUUGAUUGUGGGGCAAUUCAACUUGAGGUUGAUGUAUCGAGGCGUCCAGUUGAUUUCCAAGAUCAGACUCUAG